GCAGGUCGGCAGCUCAGAAGCCACAAGCUCUUGGGACAAGUGGCCCUGACCUCUUAUCCCUACCCGGACACCUGUCCUCUAGGGCCCCUGAAUGAACGAGUGACUCAGCCUCAUCACUGGCAGCCCUAGGUUCUUCCUUGGUCCACUCCCGCAGCCCUGACCCAGCAAUGCAGCUGGGGUAGCUGGAGGAACCCCAAGGCCAGGACUUUGCGACCCCGUACGCCCUCUGUGGCCCCAGCCAUGGACGAACAGACAGGAAGAAGCAGAGGCCUUGGAGCAAAGCCCCUUCCUGCCACCGCUACCCCCACUUUGUCCUCGUUGGGUGCUGUCUUCAUUCUGCUGAAGUCGACGCUGGGGGCUGGCCUGCUCAACUUCCCCUGGGCCUUCCACAAGGCGGGGGGCCUGGUGCCUGCUUUCCUGGUGGAGCUGGUCUCCUUGGUGUUCCUGAUCAGCGGGCUGAUCACCCUGGGCUAUGCAGCCUCCAUCAGCGGCCAGGACACCUACCAGGGCGUGGUCCGAGGGCUGUGUGGCGCCACCAUGGGGAAGCUGUGUGAGGCCUGCUUCAUCAUCAAUCUGCUCAUGAUCUCUGUGGCCUUCCUCAGGGUGAUCGGAGACCAGCUAGAGAAGCUAUUUGAUGCCCUUGUGCCUGGUGGCCCGCAGCCCUGGUUUGCCGCCCAGCGCUUCACGCUGCCCCUGCUCUGUGCACUGGUCAUCCUGCCUCUGUCCUUGCCGCGGGAGAUCGCCUUCCAGAAAUACACCAGCAUCCUAGGCACCUUGGCCGCCUGCUACCUGGCCCUAGUCAUCACUGCGCAGUACUACUGGCCCCAGGGCCUUGUGCACGAGCCCCGCCCCUUGCAGAGCCCCUCCUCCUGGGCUUCGGUGUUCAGUGUCUUCCCCACCAUCUGCUUUGGCUUCCAGUGUCACGAAGCCGCUGUGUCCAUCUACUGUAGCCUGCGCCCACAGAGCCUGUUCCACUGGGCCCUGGUGUCCAUGCUGUCCCUGCUGGCCAGCUGCCUCAUCUACUCACUGACAGGGGUUUACGGCUUCCUGACCUUCAGGACAGAAGUUUCUGCUGACAUCCUGAUGUCCUACCCGGGCAACAACAUGGCUAUCGUCGUGGCCCGGGUCUUCUUUGCCGUCUCUGUCGUAACUGUUUACCCCAUUGUGCUCUUCCUGGGGAGGUGCGUGAUGCAGGAUUUCUGGAGGCGGGGCUGCUGUGGGGCACAGGGCCCUGGGGUGCUGGCUAACCCCUCUGGGCGGUGGGUUCGGGUGCCACUGACGAUCCUGUGGGUGGCCGUGACGCUCGCCCUGGCCCUGUUGCUGCCCGACCUCAGCAAGAUCAUCGGCAUCAUUGGCGGCGUGAGCGCCUUCUUCAUCUUCAUCUUCCCAGGUGUGUGCCUCAUCUGUGCUGUGGACCUGGAGCCCAUAGGACCGAGAGCUAAGUGCGGCCUGGAGGCCUGGGGCGCAGUCUCGGUGCUGGUGGGCACCUUCAUCUUCGGGCAGAGCACGGUGGCUGCCGUCCUGGAGCUGGCCUGAGGGUCCGAGGCUGAGAGGAGGCUGGUAUGGCUGCUGCCAGUGUGAAGAUGCCAGGAACGGACUCCUCCGCCUCCCAAAGCUCACCGGGUUCUACCUGCCCUGGGGGUUCUGGCUGCUGCACAGAAUUGGGGUGUGGCAAGACUGUGCCCCUCCCUCUGGAGGCCCCUACUUCUCUUGGCUGCCGGGCUCCUGGGGUCCCUUGGCUUGUCGGGGUUCUCUCUAGUCCCUGCUCUCAUCUUUACCUGGCCACCUCCCCGGGACUCUGUGUCUGGACCCCUCCUUCCGGAUGUUCAUUUACAGUGCGUCCUAACUUACUGUGUCGGUGUCUGGACUUGACGGUGUCUCAUCUUAAUAACUCAAGAUGUGCAGAAGUUUGAUUGCCAAAUAGGGCCAUGUUCACUGGGUCCCGGGGUAGGGACUUCGAUUUCUCUCGCUGUGGAUACAGCUCCCCCUUAAUAGGGAAGGGGAGGGCGGGGCUGAGACCCAGAGAACCUGGCUUUGGGGUACUGGGAUCAAUGCUGCCAGCUGAGCAUAAUGGAUGGGGGCCUGGGGGUUUCCCUUGCAAUGGUGGUAGCCUUAAGCUGGCUCAAUGCUGUCUAGACCCACAGAUCCCAGUAUGAUAGUUUAGAUCUAAAAUAUGCCCCCAAGUCCCGGGGCUGUAUGCUCACCUGUGGAUUCAUCCACUGAGGGGCUCAUCACUGAAUGUGUUGCUUGGAGGUGGCCCUGGGUUGGAAGUGGCAUGGGUUAUGUGACCUGGAAGACCGUGUCUGUGUCCCUGGCUUCUCUCUUCUCUGCUUCCUAGCUGCCAUGGGUUGAGCCUUUUCCCUCUGCCAGGCUGUUUCUGUCUUGGGACCAGUUGGCCAUGGACUGAACCCACUAAAAUUGUGAGUCGGAAUAAACGUAUCUUCCUAUA